GUCAUUUAAUUAUCAAUUUCCUCUUUUCUCUCUCUAUACACGCAUCCAUGGCAACCUCAAAUCUCCUCCCUCUUCUCCUCCUCCUCGCUUUCUCUCUCCUCGCCGUCACCACCACAGCUAGACCAUGCAAAACCCUAUUCUUCUCUAUCACCACUUCCUAUUAUCAUCAUCACCAUCAUCAACAAAACCCUAACCCUAAUUUCACUAAACUCCCUACUUUCUUCUUCACCGCCACCACUUGGAGAAGAUCCGACCCGAUUUUGACCCGACCCGAACCGGCUGAAGAAGAGUCGGAGAGCCGAUCGUUAUUCGGACUCACUGGUAGGCCCUCAAUUUUCUUCAGGAGACCCGACCCGGAAGAUGGAGAAGAAUUGGAGAUCCGAAAAUUCAGGCCCUCAAUUUUCUUCCGCCGACCCGACCCGGAAGGAGAUAUCCGAUCGUCGAUGAUUGGAAAAUUCGGUAGGCCCUCCUCAAUUUACUUCUUCCGGAGAUCCGAUCCGAUUUUGACCCGACCCGACCCGGUUGAUUUUGACCCGACCCGGCGCGAGAUGAUUUUGACGGGUUCGAUACGCGAUAGGACUAAGGAUAUAAUGAGGGUUGUUGGAUCUUUGCUUUUCGGUGUGUGCUGCGGCGCGUUGACUGCGGCGACUAUGUAUUUGAUUUGGUCGCUUUUCUGGCCUAAUAGUCGUUUCGAUUUCGAGGAUUCCGAUGGUGAUGAUUUUGAGGAUUACGAUGAUGUUAGCGCGAAGAAAAUGGGGUACGUGGCGAUUCCGAGUAAUAAGGUUAUUGAUGAUGGUGAUUUGAAGAAACCUGCUGCCCCGACUAAAGAAGUGGUAUAAGAGGUCUAAACGUGUGAGCUAAUUGGGAAAGUUUUACGUGAAUGUGUUUGUUAUAUUGAUGCAAUGCGUUGAAUUGUAAACUGUGACUUCGGUUGUUUAUAUUAGUAUUAAAAAAUGUGAAGGUAUUACUAAAUAAGUGUAAAAGUGUCAUGGAACAUUGGGUAAUAUACUAUGUAUUUUAACGAACAAAUAUCAAAGAUUAUGAUGCUUUUUCUGUUGUGUUAUAGAUAUCGAACAUCUUAUGUAUUAA